AUGACCGAUCGUUACAAAUUUAUUCACGACACGGCAGUUGAGUUCUUCGGUGCCAGGACUGUCGAGCAUGCGGAGGUAAUCCGGGACUUCCUGGAGAACGACGACGUUACCAUACUGGCCGCCGUUUCACUAGACGGUGAAGUACUGUUUCAAAAUGCGGUCCCCGUUGAAGAACAGUACUGUCUGCUGUUCUACAAAAUUCCUAACUUGGACUACCAUAGUCCCAACUCGGCACCAAAAAUCGGAAUGCUAACCCUGGAGGGGGGCCUCGCCAAAUCGAUCUACAACUCUCUGCAGCGUGUUUUCUCGCCUUACAUUUUGAAAAAGUGCGAAUACUCAACCGAAGUGAAGACUAUCCUGCAGAAUCUACACUCCAAUCUAGGUUUAUCGUUGGGAUUAACGGAAUCCGGCAUCCUAUCGAUUCAAGACGAAAUCAAUUUCUGGGCACAGAAAACGAGAACUCUGCCAACCAAAGCUGACCGGGAAGCGGCCAAAUCAUUCGCUGCCAUAUUGGCAAAGAUUAACGAUCAACUAAAGGACAGCCAACCCGCGAACCUCAAUCAGCUGGAUGAUUUCAUCGGUGUGUGCCAGACUCAUUUGGAUGACAUGUGGCAUUUACCUCAUCACUAUCCGCAAAAUCGGAUGUGCAGCAUUUUCGAUUUGAUCUCCACCCAUGUUGUAACAACGUGCACCGAAUAUCUCACCGAGCAGGACAUCUGGGACGCCGGCUCUAUCUAUCUGGACGAGGCAAUCAAUCACGUCAAAGAAACCCUGGAGUCCUGGUAUCAAACGUACGAUAGUUUAACGCGACUCUUCUGGCCCAACUACGACCAACAUGCGUGGAUCGGAGAACCGUACAACUCUAAGCAGUUGAACAAAUUUCGUAACCGCUAUUCAGAGGUUCUUGCAAUCAAAAACUGCAAAGACCUGCUCUACGCACUGUUUUUCGACAACGAUGAGUACUCUCUUCAUAUCAACGAAAUUAUUGGGCCAUUCAGAGACAUCAACAUCUACGAUCUCACACCGCUGGGCAACAAACGCUGGGAGGUAGCGAAGUCCCGCAUGGAAACGAGUCUCGCUAAAGUGGACGAAAAUGUCGUUUUCAUUUUGAAACGACACAUUCACGACAGUAUCGACAAUUCGCGUCAGAUGAUCCACGUGUUCAAUCGUUACAAGGAAAUUUUUAACCGACCAUCUAUCCUAAAAGCACUAACGGUAGAACGUGAACAACUGUACCAAAACGUGCCGACGAUCAUCCGUGAGCUUAGAGAAAUGCUCACAACUGCCACCCAUACGGAUGGUGAUGUUACGCCCAUCGUUUCCGAGACCCGCUGGUACCAAGCGGUGGAAGCACAAAUAUCGCAGCUGGAAGCAGUGGCGCAAACUGUUCUCGUUGAUCGAGACGAUUUCGAUGAAGUCAUAAAGAAAAUUUCCACCUUCAAGGAAGAAGUUCAAGCGAUGAUUCGUGCCAAUUUUGAAACGUGGACCGAGAACUCGCUGGGAGCUAUUCGGGACGGCGAAUUGAGUUUGCGGGAAAAUCAACCGGUAGUGAUCUUUGAUAAAACCGAACGCCAGCUGAUGAAGGUGACAUUCGGGCCAAAAAUCGUCACCUUCUACGACGAAGCUAGACAUUUGCACAAUCUAGGACUGAAACUCGAUCCGGAGAUUCAAAAGAGCAUAACACAUUCGAUGAAAUUCAUCUCCUAUGCUCGAAGAUUACAGCAGAUUGCACUUUUUCACAACACAAUCGGCGAUCGGAUGAUCCCCUGUCAAAGACCAAUCAUGCUGAAAAAUGCCAUGGAAUUUUCUAAACUAGUUAAAAGCGAAUUGGUGUCGUGGAACGACGAAGACUCCGUUGAACGAUACAUCAACAGCCUACAGGAAGCUGUCAAACGGUUGUCAAAAGACAACAACCAGCUGACUGCCUAUCACGAGCAAGCCAAGAAAUCAAUUCUCAAACUGAUGAACACCGAUUUGAUUCGUCAGAGUAACAUUUGGAAGGACGAAAUGCGCAUGCUGCGCGAAAUCAUAUUCAACCUCGAGAAGCAAGGAUACACCAACCUGAAUCCAUUCAAACUACACUGGGAUCACCAGCUGUAUAAAGUUCUCGAACAUCAGUACGUCGCAGGAUUGAUCAACGUCCACCAGAAGCUGCCGGACAUUCACUUGGAUCUGGUAUUUCGCCAACAUCAGAUCCAAUUUCGUCCCUCCCUGGAGGAGAUCAAAUCCAAAUACUACUCACAGCUGCGUCGUUUUGUUGAGAAGCCGCUAGGCUUCAAAGGCCUUUCCGAGCAAAGCUCGAUCAUUUUCAAAGCUAUGAUUGAACGCAAUGCUACCAGCUUUUCCGUUCUAUACGAAAAGGCCGAAAUCGUUUUUCGAGAACUGGCUGAGUUUCGAGACAGUUGGUUACCGUGGGUUUCACUCGGGAUGGUGGAUUUGGAACAGCUCUGCACGGUUCACUGUACUGCUUGGCAACAUUGGGACAACAAUUUCCGGGCGUGUAAAAAAUUUAGUCAGCAGAUAGCUCGAAUACAACAAUCCGAAAAAGAGAUUGAUUGCUUGAUUAUAAACUAUGCCCCGCUUUGCUCCGACUUGGAUGCCAUCAGUAGACGCUACUGGGAUGCACUAGCGAGCACUUUACGGACCUCCAUCUUGGAUAAUAUCUCCACCCUGCAAGAGUAUCUGACCUACUCGUUCCAGGUACUGCAAAAUAUUCCACAAGAUGAAUGGGGAAUUUCCGAGUCCAGCGCAAAGUACGAGAAGAUUGUUAGCGAUUUGCCCAAGAUGACCGAUCUGAUGAAGUCACUGCAAGGCAAGGACAACUGUCUAGCCGGGUGGUGCAAGGAAAGGCUUUCGGCCCUCAACGGAGUACUGUUGCAGUGGAACCAGCUGCAACCGCUGAUCGAAAACCAUCAGACGCUGCUGCAGGGUAGGCUGGACAUCAUCAAGGAAAACAUACUGCGGCAAAUUAACGAGCUGAACGACGAAGCGGAGAAGUUCUCCAUACGCUGGGAGUCGACGAUACGGGAUUUGGAGACUAAUGACAAUGCCGACAUGAGCCUGUUCCGCGAGCGGCAAUCCCAAUGGAAGGGGAUAAUUAGCAAACGAGAAACGUUAUUAAAACAAACGGAAAAGUUCAACAUUAAAGUCCCAGAAGAAUUCGACGCAAUAUUUACCAAACUGGAGACGGACAUUUCGGAGCAAGGCAAAAACUGGGAGCUCUUCAAUGACUUCCUCACGGACUACGAAACCGUUGCGACCGAAGAAUGGACCAUUUAUCGUCGUAGACCACACAUAUUAACCGAUUUUCUCACCAAAUGGGAAAAAUCCCUAAGUCCAGUCCCAGCCAGUGUCGCCAGCUCACGUAUUUCCUCGAUCCUCGAACGCUACAAAUCAUCCCUACCGGUACUGAACGCCCUACAAUCGGAUGCCCUGAUCGAAAAGCAUUGGGCCAAACUUUGCCAGAUGCUGAAAAUCGAUUCGAAGUCUCAGCACGAUCUUUGCUUGGGGGAUGUCCUGGCAGUUUCCGACCAUCUGCAGCAGCAAGCUGCCGAAGUGCAGUCCAUCGUACGACAGGCUGCCUCCGAGCAUGUAAUUCGGCAAGCUAUCGUAGAGUUGGAACAGUGGGCUGCCACAGCAAUGCUGAAGCUGAUUCAGCAUACGGAUUCCAAGGGUGCAACCGUCUCGCUGAUCAAGGAUUUUACUGAAACCCUGAACAAGAUCGGCGAUAAUCAGUUCCUACUGCAGUCGGCAAAAAAUUCCACAUCCUUUGAAUCAUUUUCGGACCAGGCGGAUGUGUGGGAAGAAAAGCUGAACAACCUAGACUAUAUAAUUUCUCACUUAAAUCAGGUUCAGAAGAAGUGGAUCUACCUGGAGCCAGUGUUUGGGGUUGGAACUUUGAAACGGGAGGAAGCUGUGUUCAAAAGUAUUGACAAAAACUUUCGAUACAUCAUGAAGGAAAUUGCCGACGAUCCUAAGGUGGUUUCGGUGAACAAAAUCAACAAUGUGCUGUCGAUCAUCGAAACACUACAGAAUCAAAUUUCGCGCUGUCAGAAUGCUCUGAGCUCGUUCAUUACGACCAAGCGGAAUGCGUUUUCAAGAUUCUAUUUUCUUUCCGAUGACGAUCUGCUGGAGAUGUUGGGUCAAUCGACAAAGGAAGCGAUCAUUCAAAAGCACAUUCGCAAACUAUUUCCCGGUAUCUAUCGAUUGGUUAUUGACGAUAGUGGAUCGAAGAUCACUGCAUUCUGCAGCGAGGAAGGUGAUCAGCUGCAACUGAUGAACUCCAUCUCGAUAUCACCGGUGAUUGAAGAUUGGUUGAACGUUCUGGUGACAGAGAUUAAGAACGCUCUACAGUUACUGAUCAAGAAGUGCCUUGAAAAGGAUUUUUUCGAGGAAGGUGUGAUUCGUGAGUUUCCGAUGCAAGUGAUAUGUUUGGUGAACUCCAUCAAUUUCACUCGACGAACAGAAAAAGCCAUUUCCGGAAUGCAGUUGGCAGAUUUAAAACGUCAAAUUCAAAGUGACAUUAACCGGUACUCGGUGCUACUGCACAAGAGUACCGAUCAGCUUACGAAGAUUAAACUUCGGGCCCUGCUGAUUGAUUUGGUCUAUCAAACUACCACCAUAGAUUACCUAAGCAACCACAACGUAACAAAUCUGCAGGACUGGUACUGGCUGCAGCAGUUGAAGUUCUACGUCGAUCGCAACGGGAUCGUUCAGGUCAAAAUGGUCUACGCAGAGUUCGAGUAUUCCUACGAAUUUCUCGGCAACUACAGUAAACUAGUGUACACUUCGCUAGCCCACAACUGUUAUCUAAUUUUGACUCAAGCCAUGCAACUCGGUCUUGGAGGAAACCCCUUCGGACCAGCUGGAACGGGGAAAACAGAAUGUGUGAAGUCACUUGGCGCAAUGCUUGGUCGGCUGGUUUUGGUGUUCAACUGCGACGAAAACAUUGACACCACCGCUAUGGCGUUGAUCCUAUCCGGAUUGGCCCGCUGUGGAGCUUGGGGUUGUUUUGAUGAGUUCAAUCGACUGCAGGAGGCAACACUGUCAGCUAUUUCCAUGUUGAUUCAACCGUUACAAGUAGCGCUGAAGGAUAAACAAAGCGAGGUUUUGCUGAACAAUGAAACCGUUCCGUUGAACAAACACUGCUGCGUAUUCGUGACGUUGAAUCCUGCCGGUGAAGAGUACGGAGGUCGGCAGCAGCUUCCGCUGAAUUUGCAGGCACUGUUCCGGCCAAUUGCUAUGCAAGCCCCACGUCCUCAGCAAAUCGCCCGAGUUACCCUGUUCGUAGAGGGUUUCAAGCAUGCCGAUCGGCUUGGGGGUCAGAUUGUGGAGCUUUUUGAACUGUCGAAGAAGAUGCUAUCUAAGCAGCGGCACUAUGAUUGGGGUUUGCGAGAACUGAAAUCUAUACUGUCAGCCUGCGGCUGCGCUUUGACGAAUGCUCAGGAUGAGCUGACGUACGAAGAAGAAGCAGGAUUGGCUGUUAACGUAAUUCGAUCGAACACGAUGUCACGAUUAACGCUGUUCGAUUAUAAGAGGUUCGACGUUCUACUGUCGAACGUGUUUCCGAACAUUGGAGUCGUUAGUAAUUCGGACGACGAUCUGCGAUCUAAGAUCGUGGAAGCAUUCACAGCUCUUGGAUUCCAACAGAACAACCGACAGAUCGAUAAGUGCCUAGAACUGGCGGCUCAACUUCAAAAGCGAAUGGGAGUUGUUGUGAUAGGACCUCCUCGAUCCGGUAAAUCUACCAUCAUAUCCGUGCUGAAGGAAGCCCUAAUGUCCCGUGGUAGCACGAUUCGGGCACAUAUCAUUUCUCCAAAAUCCAUGAAUCGAGUGCAGUUGUUAGGUAAACUGGAUCCCGACACGCGGCAGUGGAACGAUGGAGUCCUCACGUCAACAGCCGUUGCCGUCAAUGCUGAACCACGAAACGUCACUUCAUGGAUUAUCUGCGACGGAGACAUUGAUCCCGAAUGGAUCGAGGCGCUUAACUCCGUGUUGGAUGAUAACCGAUUGCUAACUCUACCCUCCGGCUGGCGAAUACAGUUUGGCAGUAAUGUCAACUUCAUCUUCGAAACACACGAUCUUUCAAGAGCUUCUCCCGCGACAAUCUCCCGCAUGGGAAUAAUAAAUUUGAAUGCAGAGGAUCUUCCCUACCAGCUGGUAGUGAACGCGUGGCUUGCAAAGCAAGCAGAUCGUGAUAUACUGAAGUCUUUCUUGGAUCAGUAUUACUACAGAGCCAUCGACUGGAUCGAGGAACAAAAACGACGCCCGUUUGGAUUCUCUUUAGUGAGUUUGGCUGAAGCGGGUCUAACGACCCUAGAAAGUGUUCAUUCUACGGAACAAUUCUGUAUUGAUCUGCUGGGUGGUCUUAAUGGGGUACUGACUUCAGAAGGUAAAAAUAAGUUGUCAAAUCAACUGUUUUCUUGGGCCGAUAUAACCGUAACCGAUAGCUCGGUGGCAGAGUUCCAUUAUUAUAACAGUUUCCGAAAUAUGGUCGAUCUCUACAGCACAGAUGAGAUUACUGGAGCGUUCGUCAGCGAGAGCAUCUACACGAAUGUUCUGGUGAAGACUCCGUUAGUGAAACAGAACGGAGAACUGUUGAAGCACAUAAUCUGCUCCAAGAGUCGUCACGUAGCCCUCCUAGCGGGACCAAGUGGAAACGGAAAAAGCCUUCUGCUGCAAACCAUCGUUAGCGAGUUCAACGGCUACCAACUAGUGACUAUAAGCUGUAGUUCACAACUCACAACUGGCAGUAUUCUAAACACGCUGAAGCAGAAUUCAAUUGUUCUGACAACCGUUAAGGGCAAAGAAUACCGUCCGAAAUUUUCUAAAAUCAUUCUGUACUUCAAAAACAUCGAUCUCUGCUCCGUGGAUCGCUGGGGAACGUGCGAAGUCAUCGAACUCCUGCUGCAGCUCGUUAACCGAAGCGGAUUCUACUCGGAAACUCUCGAGUGGAUAAGCGUGGCCGGAGUUAUCGUUUGCGCUUCGGUAUCGGACAUUCGAAAAACCCACCUCUCACCCCGAUUUCUAUCAAUCUGUGCACUGGUUCAAUUCGGCUAUCCGAACCAAUCGGACCUGGAGAGUAUCGUUAAGAGCAUGAUUCUUCCCGUCUACAAUCAGCUGGGAAAGAAUAGCGUCAAAAUCCGGUUGAACGACUUGGUACGUGCCGUCAUGAAUGUGUACUUCGAAACACAGGCACGGUUCAAUCGGGGGGAAAUUCUACACUAUAGAUUUACACCGAAGAUGAUCGAACGAUGGAUCAGUGGGAUCCUUUAUUACCCGGUGGACAGUUUCGGUCAGGCACUGCGGUACGAGUGCAAUCGAAUUUUCCGCGAUCGACUUGUAAGCGAGGAACAUCGGCAAGCGUUCGACGAGAUUGUACGCGACAAUCUGCGCAGUGUGCUUCCGGAACAGGAGCAACGGUCGGUGUUUGGUCCCAAGGAAGGUCAUAAGAAUGCCGACAUGGAGCUUCUGGAUGGUGACGGUUGGACGGAGACGGUUAAGCAAACCAUUUCGAUGUGUAAUGCUGAAGUGAUUUCAAUUGAUAUUCCCCUAACGGAGAUAUUCACUGAUGUCGUAGCGGCCAUCGUUCGAGUUUUGUCCAGACCGCAAUCGAACCUGAUUUUGUGUGGUAAGGCAGGUUCUUGCCGGCUGGAGGCCCUGUACACCGCUGCAACGAUGCUGAACGUUAAGGUAGUUUUUCCCCAAACGUCCAAAGGUUAUGCGCUGAAUGAGUUCAAUAACGACCUUAAAAUAGCCAUGCAAAACUGUGCCCUGGAAAAUGAACCCAUCGCUUUCUAUAUAGAUCAUUCGCUGAUUGAUUAUAUGGGGGACAUUAUAAAAACGUGCGAAGCCAUAUUGGAAGGUGCCGACCUUACGGAUUUUUUCGGAGACGAUUUGGAGAACUUGGCGAAUCCUUUGAAAGUUCAAGCCGCCCUGGAGUCAUUUCAAAUGUCCCUGCCAGCGUACUUUUUGCAUCGAUUGAAGCAAAACUUUCACCUCAUCAUACUGCUGGAGCAUUCCUCUCCGAAAAUGCACGAGUUAUUCGAAAACUACUCCGCUCUGUACCAGAAAUCCGAGGUGAUUUGGAUUCUCGAAAACAAAAUCACCCCCGUUUCAAGUCUCACCCGAUAUCUCAACGAAAUCGGAGGUUCCGGGUCGCCGGAUGUUAAGAUCCCAGUUCCAGUGUUCUUCAAAGACUUACUGGAUAGCGAUAUUAGCUCAUGGUCACGAUCACCGAAGCGUCGAAUCCAGCUAAUCCGAACCUAUUGGCAGGUGUACCAGAACCAGAAAACCGAAAAAGAACUCUACCGGCAGCAAAUCCAAAACGGCGUAGACAAACUAUCGGAAACGCACAAAGUUGUCGAGAAGCUGAAGCUGGAAGCGCAGGAAAAGCAGAAAGCUCUCGCCGAAAAGCGUAAACUGGCUAACCAAUCGCUGGAGAUGAUUUCGACGACGAUGCGGGGCGCAAACGAUCAGAAAACCGAACUGCUUGAGCUGCAGCGCAAAACGAAGGAGAGCAGCGUCAAACUGAUGGAACGGAAAAAGGCAAUCGAAGAGGAGCUCAGCCUUGUGGAGCCUGUUCUGCGCGAAGCAAGCGCUGCCGUGGGACAAAUAAAGUCCGAAGCGCUGUCGGAGAUUCGUUCGCUGAGAGCUCCUCCGGAGACGGUUCGCGAUAUUCUGGAAGGAGUUCUCCGACUAAUGGGAAUACGGGAUACCUCUUGGAAUAGUAUGAAAACUUUCCUGGCAAAGCGUGGAGUUAAAGAAGAUAUUCGUUCGCUGGAUCCGGUUAGAAUUAGUCCGGAGAACUGUCAAGCAGUGGAAAAACUUCUACAGACGAAAGCGGACUCGUACGAUCAGAAAAAUGCGAAGAGAGCUUCCGCCGCGGCGGCUCCACUUGCGGCAUGGGUUAUCGCCAAUGUCAAGUACUCUAGGGUUAUCCAAAGCAUCAAGCCGCUGGAGCGCGAGCAGAACGAACUUCGCGAAAAUCUGGAAAGAGCAGAAUCGGAGAUGAAAUCGCUAUCGAGUGGAUUGGAUAACGUCAAUGAUACAGUGAAAGGGUUAUCCGAACAGCUGAAUGUCUACACCCAGGAAGCCGCAAUGUUAGAAAUUAAGCUGGACGAUGCCAAACAGACUCUGCAUGCUGCUGAAGUUUUGGUGCAUAGUUUGAGCUCGGAGUACGUGAGCUGGAGCAAGGAACUGGAAGAACUCAAUCAAACUGUUGCUUGCAUUGACAAGCGAAGCUUUAUGACAGCUUACUGCAUAACCUAUCUUUCGCAUCUUUCACUGGAAACGAGAAGAAACGCGCUACAAAACGCAUCAAAGCAAACCAACGAGCAACUGUUCGAUAUGGAUGAUCUGGUUUCCAACCAGGACAAAAUUAUCUGGGAAAGUAUGGGUCUGGGAGCUGAUCAACAGUACCGCGAAAAUGCCAUCAUUUUGAACCAGUUUAUGACGCUUCCGUUCGGCACUACACCGAUUCCACUGCUAGUAGAUCCCACCGAAUUGGGCCAAAAAUGGUUGGUGAAUUAUUUGAACUAUUUGAAUCGUACCUUCGAGAUCACGAGCCAGUCCGCGGAUCGGUUCGGUUACAUACUAGAACUAGCGAUAAGAUUCGGAAAGAUUCUCAUUAUUAGAAGUGUCAACGCCAUUGAACCCCCAUUGCUGUCGCUAUUCUUUACCCGUAUCCACGUGCGGUUCAACAAACGGAUGGUUCAAAUCAGCAAUAAAUUGAUUGAUCUUCACGACGACUUCAAACUAAUCUUGAUCACCCAAAACGAACGUCUUCAGCUGGGUCCCGAAUUACAGGCAUACUUCAUGAAUCUAAUGUUUACUACAACUACAGCGGGAUUAACCGACGUUCUAACUUUCAAUUGGGUAUUGGCUAAGAAUCCGGAAAUCGAAAAGAAACGUGUCGACCUGUUGGAACAGGAAGGACGUCUAGUAAAAGAGAAGCGUGGUCUGCAGGAUAAACUUCUACAAGAACUUUCGGCCUCGAAGGGUGGCAUCCUAAAGAAUGAACCCUUGCUGAACACUCUGAAUAGUAUCAAAACCAGCGCAAGUUCCAUCGAAAAAUCUCUGGAAGAGUUCAGUUCCAUCCGAGAUCAGCUAAUGGAGCACUACAGCCGUCGGAAGGAACUCUGCAGUUUGGCAUCCAGAUUCUACAUGGGUAUUCAUCGCCUCUACGCCAUCAACGUAGCAAAGUUCACAUCCAUAUUUCUAGCCGUGAUUGAAACCGAAGCACACUCAAACACAGCGGAGCUCUACAAAAAUUUGGUUCGAAGAAUUUUCGGCCUUCUGAGCCGUGGUAUUCCAAAGGACGAACAGAUGAUCCUAGGUUUGAACAUUUGCAAGCAUGCCUUUCCCGAUCUACUCCCGGAAAAGGAAUGGGAAUCGUUUGUUUUUAACUUUACAAACGCGGAACAAACCGGCGAUCAACCGCUCCCAAUCACUUGGAUCAAAUCGGAGCACCUCCCAAAAGUGCAGUCCCUCAAGCACCAGCACCCAGAGUUGUACUCCAAGCUAAACCUGGACAACGUCAGCAUCUGGGUAAAGUACGUCGAAUCCGAUGAAGCCACCGUGCCGGUAAGCGUUUCCGACUUUCAAUCAAUUCUGGUGGCUCAAGUAAUUCGCCCCGAUCUGCUGAUCCGCACCAUAACCCGAUCCGUUCAGAACAUUCUCGGACUGAAGAGUCUCCACUCUGUGCGUCCCUCGGUGAAACUCCUUUCGGAGGAGAGCUUCGCCGAAGAGCCACUGCUUUUGAUCACCGCUUCCGGUAUCGACCCAUCCGAGGAGAUUCGCGAGUUUGCGAAGCAAACGAUCGGUCUAUCUAAAUACGGAGAAUUCGCCGUUAGCAAAGGUAACGAGGUGGAAGCUUUGAAACUGAUCAAGGAAGCUGCUAAUGCUGGCGGUUGGGUUUGCUUGAAAAACAUUCACACCGUACCGCAGUGGAUCCGUCAUCUAGACGAAACACUCAAGUCGUUGAAUUUCACCGACGGAUUCAGACUUUGGCUGACGUCGGAAACGGACAAAAAUCUGAACGACACCUUCGUUAAAAAAUGCAACAAAGUCCUGUUUGAACCUCCGACGGGUUUGAAGUAUAAAAUGAAACUGUUGCUGGAUCAACACAGCGGAGCUGUAACCAGAAAACGUGACUACCGGUCCAUCAAAAUGUACGUAGGGCUCUUUUUGCUGCAUUCAAUCCUACAGGAACGGCGUUCCUACAUUCCCCAAGGUUGGACUAAGUGGCACGACUUCAGCGAUUCUGACCUGCGUACAGCCAUGCAACUUAUUCGGUAUACCGAAGGAUCGAAUACGCUUAAAAUACAGUGGCCUCUCAUACAGGGCCUGUGCGAGAAGGUCGGUUAUGGUGGACGCAUCGACAACGAAAACGACUUUGAAAAACUAGAACAUUUACUGCGGGAAUUCUUCGAUGAGAGAAUCAUGACCAGCCGUUGGCAGCCGAUGUUCAUGAAUGUCAGCUUUCCCAAUUCUAACCACUUGGAGGAUUACGUGAAAGUUGUUGAUCAGCUACCAGAAGCGGAUACUCCCACACUGUAUGGUAUCCCAAUAUCAACCAACGCUUCGCGGGAUGUUUUAUUCUGCCGAAAUACUUUAAAAGAACUCCGGCAAAUGUACUUCAGCAGUAGCAAUGCACAGAACUAUGAAAAAAGGUUUAAACCGAUUUUCAAUCUUUGGAAUAAACUAAUGAAUGGUACCAUCACCCAACGGCUUGAUGGAAUAAUCGAACGUCAGAAGAACAACGACAGUCCGUGGAUGAUUUUCGCCCUAUCGGAGUUGACCAUCAUCAGUAAUCUAUACGAAGCCAUCAAUGGAAGUCUCAGUACCAUCAGAAAUUCCCUGAAAGAAGUUGGAACCAUCUCGGGAACGGAACGUUCCCUGCUAACGACCAUCUGCGACAACCAAGUUCCGCUGCAGUGGAGACGCAUUUGGAGUGGACCAAAAACCGUCAUAGAAUAUCUGAAAGCCAUCGGUUUUAAAACCAAACAAACCGAACUUUUCUACAACAAUUUGAUUGAGGAGAAACCAGUCGAAGAGAUUAGUUUCAAUUACCUAUUCAACAUAGAAGGAUUCUUGACGACAAUAAAAAUGAUAAAAUCUCAGAAAUUGAAGGUCUCUACAACGGAGUUGAAACUGUGUGCCUACUUCGACGGUCGUAAACGGGAGGAUGCCGUUACGGUAGCUCCAUUACUGAUUGACGGCGGUAUCCUAACGAAUGGAAAGAUCAUGAUCCAGCAGGGAGCUCAUCAACAAUCCUCCGGUCCAGCGUACACGGGUACCUUCUGUUUGGACUUCACGCCGGCCGGUGGUAACGGCGAGAGGUCGGGUAGCGACAGCAAAACACGUGAUGAUAAAUUUGCGAUUCCACUGUACAGCCACAUCUCGCGGGAAGCACUCAUCUGUCAAAUUGCGGUUGACGUUGGGCAUGGGUUGAGCAAAUCCCAACUGGUAGCGGCCGGAAUCGCGUUUAUUGUACCUGAAAGCUACUAA